AUGUCCUCUUCACUGUUCUUUAACGCUAAUAAUCAAAUUUGCAUUCGUCCUGACAAUCAUAUUCAUCCUUUUUUUGGCAAAAAUUCUAUUCGUAAAACACAAUCGAAAACUUGUGCCAAUCCGAGCUGCUUUAGACCUUGUCACGUCGAUUUGACUGGCACUCAAUAUUCCUGCUGUGGAAAAACAUGUGCACGUGCCAUUGCGAAUCUCGCACCAUCUCUACCGAAAUGUGCUAAUACGAAUUGCAAUAAAACAGUUUAUGUUAAUUCUCAAGGUCAAAGGUUUCAUUUUUGUGGAAUAACCUGUGCACGCAUUCACAGAAAUUCGGGUCCCAACUGCAUUCGAAUUGGAUGUGAUCGAAAGGCUUAUCUCAAUCCAACAGAUCGAACAAAAUCUCAUUCUUUUUGUUCAAUCGGAUGUUUUUGGACAGAUUGUUCAAAAUUGACCCAAACUAAAUUGACCCUUCUCUGUCCGAAUCAAAUCGAUUAUGAGAAUGCAUAUAAAAGAUUUACUCAAACUUUGCCAAACUCUACCGUCAAAGCGAUAUUCAGAUUGCAAAUGCCAAAGAGCAUUGUUGAUAAACAUCUUGCGUUGAAGAAGGAAAUGUCAGGAACUACUGAUACUGAUACCAAUAGAAUCACUCAACGAAUGUUUCAUGGGACAAAGACAUCAUGUGAUCCUACAAGUCUAAUGACAACAUUGAGGCCAUCUUGUGCUGCUGGUAAUUGUGGUGUAUGUGGAAUUCUACGCGAAGGCAAUAAGAGUGCCUAUUCCAAACGCGAAGGAGGAAGAAUGUGGUUCGCCAAGAAUGCGGCGGUGUCACUCGGAUAUUGCGAUGGUAAGCAAGUGAAAACGAUGUUCAUGGUAGACGUCCUCGCGAAACAGCGAAAUGAUAUUGUGAUUGUUAGCAAAGACGAGGAAACAUUGCCAAGAUUCCUUAUAAUUUUCCAAUAA